AUGGGCCCGGGGCCAGGCGCGGGGCUCCCGCCAGGGGGCGUGGCCGGCGGCCCCCGCCCCGCGCCGCGUGCUCACCUGGGGAGUGUGGCAAUCCUGGCGGCGCCGAGUGUUGCCCGGGCCGGAGCAGCGGAGCGCGCGACAGUGGCGGCGACGGCUCCGGCAGCGGCUCCCGCGGCGGCGGCGGCCGGGGACUGGAGGAAGGAGACCCUGGCUUCGCAGGGGGCCCGGCUGGGGCAGAGGCGAGGGGCCUGGGGGGGCGCUGGCUUUGGCCCCGCCUGGGGCAGGAUGGUGAAUCUGGAGUCCAUGCACACAGAUAUCAAGAUGAGUGGGGAUGUAGCCGAUUCCACGGAUGCUCGCAGCACUCUCAGCCAGGUGGAGCCAGGAAAUGAUCGAAAUGGCCUAGAUUUCAACAGGCAGAUUAAAACCGAAGAUCUCAGUGACUCCCUGCAGCAGACCCUCUCCCAUCGGCCAUGCCACCUGAGUCAAGGACCUGCCAUGAUGUCCGGAAACCAAAUGUCUGGGCUAAAUGCCAGCCCAUGUCAGGACAUGGCUUCCCUCCAUCCGCUCCAGCAGCUUGUGCUGGUUCCCGGCCACUUACAGUCUGUAUCCCAGUUCCUGCUAUCUCAGACCCAGCCUGGGCAGCAAGGUCUGCAGCCAAAUCUCCUCCCCUUUCCACAGCAACAAAGCAGUCUCCUCCUCCCACAGACUGGGCCGGGACUGGCAUCCCAGGCAGUUGGGCGCCCUGGGCUGCCAGGAUCCUCUUUAGAACCCCACCUGGAAGCAUCCCAGCAUCUCCCAGUGCCCAAGCAUCUACCCAGCUCUGGAGGGGCCGAUGAGCCCAGUGACCUCGAGGAGCUGGAGAAGUUUGCCAAGACCUUCAAGCAGAGGCGCAUUAAGCUGGGCUUCACACAGGGAGAUGUGGGGCUGGCGAUGGGAAAGCUGUAUGGCAACGACUUCAGCCAGACCACCAUCUCACGAUUUGAGGCCCUCAACCUGAGCUUCAAGAACAUGUGCAAGCUCAAGCCCCUGCUGGAGAAGUGGCUGAAUGAUGCAGAGUCCUCUCCGUCAGACCCCUCAGUGAGCACGCCCAGCUCCUACCCCAGCCUCAGUGAAGUAUUUGGUAGGAAGAGAAAGAAACGGACCAGCAUCGAGACCAACAUCCGCCUGACUCUGGAGAAGAGGUUUCAAGAUAACCCAAAACCCAGCUCGGAGGAGAUCUCCAUGAUUGCAGAGCAGUUGUCCAUGGAGAAGGAGGUGGUGAGGGUCUGGUUCUGCAACCGACGCCAAAAGGAGAAGCGAAUCAACUGCCCUGUGGCCACACCCAUCAAACCACCUGUCUACAACUCCCGGCUGGUAUCUCCCUCAGGGUCUCUGGGCCCCCUCUCUGUCCCUCCUGUCCACAGUACCAUGCCUGGAACAGUAACGUCAUCCUGUUCCCCUGGGAACAACAGCAGGCCUUCAUCUCCUGGCUCAGGACUCCAUGCCAGCAGCCCCACUGCAUCUCAAAAUAACUCCAAAGCAGCAGUGAACUCCACCUCCAGUUUUAACUCUUCAGGAUCUUGGUACCGAUGGAAUCAUCCCACCUACCUCCACUGAGACCAAAAAGUUUCUCCUACUCCACCUGGCCCUGUAUUCCCCCUGGAAGGAAGGGAAUCAUGCCUUCUAUAUACAGACAGAUUGCCUUCAGAAGAGUGGAAGAAAAUCUCCACUAUCAAUGAACCCAGACUCUUGUCUUCUUCAAGAGCAAGGGCCUCUGGAGAUCCAAACUGUGAUUGAACCAAGUGCAGACUCCUAAUGCUCUUGAAAUACACAGCCCCUCCUAGGAGCUUACCAUUUUCACCUUCCUUGCCUAUGCCCUUGCCUUCUAGUUCCAAAUAUUUUAGCCAGCUUCACUGUGGCAAUAGUCUUUCAGAGAAAAGACUUCUUGCUGUUAUUCUCCAACUCAUCCAUGGGCUUCUGGGGACAGCCAUUUGGCUGGGGUGCCAAACACCAGAAGGGGAGAUAAUAGUUUUGACUCUGAACUUGGCCACAACCCCUGAACUGAUCCCAAAAUCUGUGAAAAGAUUUGAAUCUGAUAUCUCCACCAAAGCCUUGAUGUUUUCUCUGUACAGCUAAGUUUUCUGAUGGACUCUUCAUCUCACCCCAUUUUUUAACCUCGCCCCCUUUUCUACAAUCAAAUCCAUUCAUUAUUGCGCCCUCCAGGUCCCCUCCUUUUUGCAGAAGGUGUAAAAGAGCUGCCCUAGGUGGGUGCCCUGGGCAUGUUGCAACGCCCGCUGGUGCCCUUCUGUCUGUCCACAUCUGCCUAGGGCUCAGGAGUGCCUGUUCUUUCCCUUCCUCCCUGUGUUUCUCUUUAUCCUGUCCUCUCUCCUUUCUCCUGGCAGCAGAAAAGGAAGAACACAAGAGCAAACACACAACAAUGAUGGUGGCAAAGUACCUGUAUAUAUAGCCCUUUCCCAUUUUUUGCAUUAUGUUCUUAACUCCUUAAUGUGGAAUCUUCCAGCAAAAUGUUUAACUCAGGUGUGAUUUUUGAAAAUGUCUCUGUAAUAUUUUAUCUUCUUUAAAAAAAAAGCGGGGGUGGGGGGGGAAAUACCAAAGUGUGAAAUACUGUGCUACCUUCCAGAGUUCCCACAUGGGCUGGGAUUUUUUUUUCUUUUUCUUUCUUUCUUUUUUUUUUUUUUGAGACAGUCUUGCUCCAGCCCAGGCUGGAGUGCAGUGGUGUGAUCUUGGCUCACUGCAUGCUCUGCCACCUGGGUUCAAGCGAUUCUCCUGCCUCAGCCUCUCAAGUAGCGGGAUUACAGGCGCCCACCACCCAAAAUUAGCCCAGCUAAUUUUUGUAUUUUUAGUAGAGAUGGGGUUUCACCAUGUUGGUCAGGCUGGUCUUGAACUCCUGACCUCCUGAUCCACCCACCUCAGCGUCCCGAAGUGCUGGGAUUACAGGUGUGAGCCACCGCGCCUGGCCUGGGCUGGGAAUCUUUGUUGACUUCUUUGGGAACAUUAUCUCUAGAGUCUGCUUUUUUGUGGGCCAGUUUGUAGAGAUGUAACAUGAAGCCAUUCCAGAAAUGGUAACUUAAAAAAAAAAAGACUACAUGUCUAGGAAACUGUUGAGAUUCAAAGGAAUCUCACUGUUCCUAAAUAAAUGUGUAUAGUGAUUACG